AUGGACAACAAAGAACUUGAAGUCGAGGAUGAAAAAUUAUCUGAAGCUGAAGAACAUAAAACAAACAUCUUUCAACGUAUGUGGAGAGGUCUCAAGUCAGCACUUAUGGGAACCUUAUUUGUGAUGGCAAAGGACAGCAGGGUGUCAUUCAAAAUGAAUCUAUUGGGGAUGCUUAUAGACACUCUUCAGAUACUCUCCUUCCCAUUUAAUGACCGAGCCGAGUUCCCUUGAAAUAAAGAAUAUUCAGAGCUGUUUGCAGAGAUCUGUUAUUACAUAAAAUUUGAGUUCUAUAUAUCAGAAGAAAAUGCCUUACAAAAUUUAAUAAUAUAUUUGUGCUGCAUGUUUUUUGUCUUUGCAAAUUUGCUUAAUUUUGGAAUUGUUGGAUACCGAUUUAUCAAUAAAAAAGUCCAAAAUGUCGUUUUACUAAAAACCCUCAGAUCGGUUUCCUCACUUAUGACGACAUUAUUGUAUUUGCCAUUUCAGACACUUUUUAUUAUCAUUUUAAGCUGCGCUGUAGGCGCAAUGGAUUUUGAAGGAUGCCCGAAAGAGCAAAGCUGGCUGCUUAUAGCCUCAUCUACAAUAAUUUCAAUCAUAUUUGGACUAUUAAGUCUUAUAGUCGCUGCAAGUUUUUAUGAAUUAGAAUACACAAGUGAAGACGUAUAGAACUUUCUCUUCAAUAGCGCGAUAAGGCGUGCUUCCUGGUUUGACUAAAAGGUCUUUGGAACAUGAAAAUUUGAUGUUCCUUCUUUGUAAAAGAGUCAUACAGUGAAAAUAAAGAGUUCUGGCUGAUCAAUCUCGAGAACUUAAAGAGAAGCUAUUUGCAAAUUUACACUUUUGGUUCGUCAAAUGGAUCUGGCGAGCCAAUUCUGGCCGGUACUUGAAAUUAUAAAUGAUAGUUGCCAGAAUUUUAUCAAUUUUCUGAUGGCAAUUAUGAUCAGAAUUUAAUAAAUGGCACAGGAUCAGACAGCCCACUUAAAAAAUAUUGUUAAAAUUAAAGUCCCAUUUUAUAAAAGAUAUAAUAAAUUUUGAAAAAUUAUUAUUUUAUUUUAUAAAAAUUUUUUAUAAAACAUUUAUUUAUAUUGAUAUAAUUAUUUUAAAAUUUUAUUUUUUAACAUUUGAAAAAAAUUUAAAAAUAUUAUAAGAAUAUAAAAUUUUAAUAUCAUUAGUAAAGUUCGUAAAGAGCAACAAGCGCUUAGCACAAACUUGGCUUUUAUAAAGCAGUUAUUCAUAAUUAAAUCGGCAUCAUUUAUUUAGAAAUCUAUCCUUCCGCAAAAACACAACUCGAUCAACAAGUUUUUAAUUAUUAACUCCAUUUUAAUUUUCUAACGAAAACCAUAUGAGUCAUUAGUAACUUCGUAAAGAAGAGCAAGCGCUUAGCACAAACUUUGGCUUUUAUAAAGCAGUUGUAAUUAUUACCAAAGGAAUUAUUAGAUCGGUUUGAAAGGAAUAAGUUGUCUGAUCCUGUGCCAUUUAUUAAAAUUCUGAUCAUACUCGCCAUCAAAAAAUUAAUAAAAUUCUGGCAACUACCAUUUUUCAUUUCAAGUACUGGCCAGAAUUGGCUCGUCAGAUUCAUUUGACGAACCAAAAUGUAAAUUUUUCUCACAGCCUCUCUUCAAGUUCUCGAGAUUGAUCAGGCAGAAUUCUUUAUUUAGGCUAUUUUUCUCCCCCAUGAAUAAAGAAUAGCAAGUUUUCAUAUGUUUAAGAUCAUCCGGUAAAACCUAGGAAUGCGCCUUAUCGCGCUAUUGAAAAGAAACUUCUAUAGCUGCACGCCCACAUGCAAGGGUCGAGCUCUUAUUUUUGGUAACCAAAGCAGCAAUUAUUUUCUUUUUUAAUUUUUAUUACGAAAAAGAAUACUAUUGGAUGCUUGAUAUCAUCCUUUUGGUGUCUGGUAUCACAAUUACUUAUCUGUAUCUCUAUUAUAUGCCCUUUUACGAUUAUCGGACUUGUGUUAUCCAAACUCGGUUUUUGGCAAUUUUCACUUGGGCAGGCAUUUGUUUACUCCCCCCCCUCCGUGAGUGAACAAAAAAAUUUUGUUCACUCACGGAGGGGGGUUAAUUUUUUUUUUUUUAAAAAAAUUUAUAUUUCAAUUUUAUAAAAAAUAUUUUUUUCGAAAUUUAAAAAAAUCCUAAUUCGCAAAAAUUGGAAAGCAAAUAUUAAUUUAAUUUAUAAAAUUUAUGUUAAAAAGCAAUUCGUUUAAAAUUAAACAGAAUUAGCUCUAUAUUUCAUUAUACUAAUUAUCAUUUAUAUAUCAAAUUUUUUUUUCAUAAAAAAUUUUUCUAUUAAAAAAAUUUUUGUUCACUCACGGAGGGUGGGUUUUUUUGGGCAAAAAAUAGCGAUUUUUCUAAUGGUUUUGUUCACUCACGGAGGGGGGGGAGUUAGCAAUAGCUCUGAUUAUUGACAACCAUGAAGAUCCAGCCCCAGUAACAAUGUUUUAUAUUGGGAUCCCGUGUUGGUGGAUUUUAAUUGGUGAAGCUUGCAAUUGGAGACGUCGAGUGCUAUUAAAUAAAACUAUAAAUACUAUCAGGAAUCCUUAUGAGGUCGAGCUUCAUACAAGAUUUAUGAUACUAGACAGAGUGGGGUCUUAUAAGACCAAAGACACCCAGCUUUUAGACGAAAUUGAAGAAUUUUAUUAUCAAGCUGAAAGAAAGUUCCCGAAAUCAAGCAUUUUAAAGAUCUUUGUCGCACAAUUCCAUUUAACUUAUAAAAACCGCCAAGAAGCCAUACCAAAGCUAGAGCAAGCUGAAGAAAGAAGCCCAAAGCUUGAUGAACAGUUUAUUAUUUAUAAAACAAGGCAACACGUCGGAAAAGACGCAAUCACAAUGGUCACUUUUGCGAGCUAUUUGGAAUCAGCCCAUAUUGCAGAAGUACAGUCAUUGUCGGCGCAGACUGAGUUUUGGAGGGAGCUUGGAAAAAAUAAAGCACCAAGCUUUGAUAACUUGACGAGGCUUGCGAAGACGAUCACGAAGAAUUUUGAUACGGCGUAUAGUCAUUAUCAGUAUUUGAUGAAUGUAGAUAGGACAAAUAAGAAAAUGCUGCCAAUGUAUGUGUAUUUUUUGCAGGAUUUAAUGCAUAGAGACGAUUUGGAGGUCAGAAAUUUGAGAAAUAGGGUUCAUGAUAUUAGAGCCCAGGAUUCAGUCAAAGUAGUAUCAAAAGAUAUAUUUUUAAUCAACCCUGAAGUAGAAAUCACAUGCUCAGGCCAUGCAAUUGGGCUGAUUGAAAAAGUUAACUCAAGCUUCCUAUUGUGGCUACAGUACCCUAAAGCUUUAUUAAUAAACCAAAACAUAAUCAGAUUUAUGCCAGAUCCGUUCGGUAGAGACUUUUUAGCAAGAAUUGACGCCUUCCAAGACUAUUGGGAAGACUUAAACGAAAUUUCUCCUGAUGACGUAUAUUUCAUUGAUAAAGAUGGCUACAUAGUAUCAGCCCCAUGCAAGCUUAUUAUAGCCAAUGAUGACCUAAUAAACAGACGAAAAAGUAUGGUCACAAAAGACUUGCUAAAAGACGAUGACACUACUAACAACAGCAAUCUUUUACAAGACGACUCCAAGCUUGGAAACACUGCUGACGCAAUCGCCUAUUACCAGCGGCCUAUGUUCCCUGAUCUUGCCAACAAGCUAGCCUGCCAAUUUUCUAUAAGUGACGAUGACGUCGCUUUAUUAAUCAUCAAUUCAGACAUGAAAAUAAUUUAUUUCAAUCGACAAGCCCAUUUUUACUUCGGGGUGAUCCCUGAUUUGCAUGGGCACAAAGAUAUUUCAGAAAUCAUUGCGAACUUUAAAAUGAUAUUUGAAAGGUCUAAAAUAAAAAUUAAAACGAGAACUGGGAGGCAUUUAGACUAUGAACCUGUACAGUCCUUUGUAUUGACUCCUAAUGGGAGAUAUUUAAAAGUGGUUUUUAAUAUUUCUGAGCAUUGUAUAGAAAAAAAUGUAUUUUAUAUUAUUAUAGGAUGGAGAACAAAUAUAAAUAUGAAUGAAGAUUAACGAUAUCAUAUUUAUUAUAUAAAAAUAGGAUAGUGCUGAUAGUAUUAGUGAUCAGAUUUAUUGCAAAUAGUGUAAUAUGACAGAAGCGCCGCCCUACUCAAAAUCAACUAAUUUAUUUUUAGCUCAUUUUUCAAGAGUAAUAGAAUCUGCACUUAUGAGGAGAAAUACCAGGAUUGAAUCAGCUGUGGUAAACCCUGAGAGCACAGAAAAUGGUUUAAAAAGCACAAAAAAGAUAUUGAUGUCGCUUAGGAAACAAAUAGAAGAAAAAAACCGAGGCUUUUCUCCAGAGCUGAACAGGCUUAAUUUAUAUUUUUUGCUUUUUGGGGUAUUUAUGAUAGUUGUUUUCAGUGUGAAUUUUUAUAUUGUGGAGGUUUCAUUUGAUACUUAUACUGAUAGGUUAGAUUAUAUGAGCAGUUUAACUGAUAUACAAAAUUAUAGUGUUUUAUUAUCCUUUUUUGUUAGGCUUCUUGAUGCUAACCAAAGAGGCCUAAAAAUGCCAGAAGAUACUAAUUCAAUAAUAACUCAAGCAAGCUAUGCAGCUUUAAACCUAAGCAAUUUAGCCUCAGACAUGAGCAACCAUGUAAGUUUUACCUGGCUUCAAAACUCUGAAAUCAAUUGUCUAAGCUACGACACAGCUAAAGGCUACUAUAUUGACAACUUCAACCCUAUAAAUAGCAUAAUGCAACAAGUCACAUUUACAAAAAAACUAAUAAAAUCAGACCUUAACGAUUGAGAUGUAGAAACAAACCCUACAUCUUACUGGGUUUUCGAAAACGGUAUGACUUCUAUUGCCACCGCUCUUGACUAUUUAGCUGACAAAUACAACGAUAAAGCUUAUGAUGACCGAGAAAAUACCUUAUUAUUUGGAGUCUGAUUCGCAUUGGCAGAAGUUAUGCUUGUUUUCAUUUUAUUGCUAUUUGUGCUGCCUUUAUUUUUUAAAUCAGAAAGAAUUCAUUUAGAAGUGGUCGGCGUAUUUUUCAGCAUAAAUCAAAAAUUAGUAUCUUAUUUAGAAGAAGACACUAUCAAUAAAUUAAGUAUGAGAAAAGAUAAAUCAUACCCAGACUGCAGAUCACAAUAUAGAGCUGGAGAAGAAUUAUGAAAUGAAAUUGUUUUUUCUGAUAUAAAAAAAGCUGAACUCGGAUCUUUUACAGAUAAAAGACAUAAACUGAUAGCUCAUAAUAAAAGAUGCAUUUCAAGGCUGAAAUUAAUUUUCACAAAUGGGCUUAUGAGAAGUAUUUGGCUGUUUUGCAUAAUUUCGCUUAUAUAUGUGCUGGUUUUCCAGCUUUGGGUAGGGGAGUUAAUCCCUCUUAAUUUAUUAGAGCAUGGGGUCAGAAUUGUGAAAUAUUUUGGGACAAUGGAUAUUCUGCUAACUAGAAGCAAUCUUUUCCUUAUUAACAUUGUGAUGUCAACUAUGCAAGGCUAUGAUAAUAUCACAGAACUAAAUGGGACAUAUCCAAACGCUUAUUUAUCAAUUGAUUAUGCUUCAAAAGAAUUUUUAAAUGAAACUGAUAAUUUAAGAAACUUCAUGGAAGCUUUACUUGUAGGGAAUAACACCAUGAAUAUGCCUUAUAAAGAUAUUUACUCUUUAUCUAGAAGUGAUUUUUAUAAUGAUUUAUUUGUGGAUAGCUGUGAAUCGUUAGUUUCAGGGCUGGACUGUAGCGCUUUAGAUGACAUUCUUAAUUCAGGCUACAGGGAAUCUAUUAUGACUUUUAUUUUUGACUCAGAAUUUUUAGCUAAAAAAACAUAUAUAGAUAUGAUAGAUUCUACUAUAGAAGAAAGAUGAGAAGCUUUGGAUUAUGAUUUAUUAAGAACUCUCCAGCUAGAAUAUAAGUUCUUGUGGCUUAUGGGAAAAGGUGUCCAAAACAAUGUGCUGGAUUAUUUUCAUAAUACUUUGGACGCUUAUUAUUUAGUCAGGCAGUGGGUGCUGAUAUUUUUUUGUAUAACAACUUUCUUUUAUUAUAUCCUUAUUUUUAGAAAAGCAUUGGCAAGGCAGGAAAGGAGAAGGAAGCUAUCAAGGUCGAUGCUGCUACUUUUGCCUGAAAAAAUCGUGGUAAGGUCACAAGAAGUACAAGAUUAUUUGUGUCAUAUAAAUUUAGAUUAA